UGAGACGAAAAUCAUCCUCAGAAAAACAACAAUAGUUUAUAAACUAUAUAAAGUGGAAAACGAGGAAUCAAAAAAAUUAGAAUAGCUUAAUCGCAUAAAUAAGAUGUCAGAGAACACAAGUGGAAAGGAAUCGGUGACAAAAACCUCAAUGGUUUAUGUCUGUUCAGAAUGUCACAAUGAGAACGAGAUGAAGCCAAGAGAUCCAAUUCGUUGCAGAGAAUGUGGACAUCGAAUUAUGUACAAGAAACGCACAAAACGUUUGGUAGUCUUUGAUGCUCGAUGAAUCACAACUAAGGAAAAUUAAUUAAUUUAAGUCACUCAAAGAUAAUCAAUAAAGAUAGAUUAAUUAUUUUGCUU